AUGUCAGUGCAAACAGUCGCCCUUACUGCAAAUAAUCUUGCCCUUCUAGACCGCAUCACCGCACACCCCCAUUCUGCAGAAUACCUUCAAAGCGCCCUUAACAGUGGCCCAUUAGCUCGCUAUGGUUAUUAUGGAGAAGCACCAGUGGGAGUGCUACUCCUGGAGCCCGUCGAGGGGAAAAGAGGGAAAAAUAGCACCCCUGUGGCACUGAAAGUGGCACUUCUUUGCGUGCUACCGGCAUACCGCAGCACAUUUGGCGUCGAAAAAACACUUCUCGAAUACGCACUCGAGACCGCUAAAGCGCGACAUCUCUCCACAAUUGUCUUCCCCGUAGUUAAAAAUAACGUGGACGAAAUAGCAGAAAUACUGGCCGACUUAAAAUUCAGCCAAUGCGCCACAUGUGCUGGCGUGAACGUGACUGCACACGAAAACGAAAUCUUGUUUGUAAGAGAGCUCGAAUAA